AUGGGCCUCGAGGGCGUGACGUACCUCGGCCUCGAAUGGGUGCUCAACCCCAUUGUCCGCACCGACAUCGACGUGCCUACUCUACUGGCGUCGGUGGGCGGCGACCACUGGACCGACCGUCGCGACAACCUCGUCAAGAUUCUCGACAUCGACCUGAGCUGGCGCAUGCACGCCGUGUCCGAUGGCGAGAGGAGGAGGGUGCAACUUGCCAUGGGGCUGUUGCGACCAUGGACGAUAUUGCUGCUGGAUGAGAUCACGGUGGAUCUGGACCUGCUGUCAAGAAGCAACUUCUUGAACUUCUUGAAAAGGGAGACAGAGACAAGGCCAUGCACGAUUGUGUAUGCGACACACAUCCUGGACAAUCUCGCGACGUGGCCGACCCAUCUCGUGCACAUGAGUUUGGGCAAGGUGAAGAAGUGGGGCAGCGUGGAGAAAAUGGACGUCAAGGUUGAGCAGGGCGAGAGGAAUUACACGGGUAACAGCCAGCUGGGUGAGCUGGUGCUCAAAUGGCUGCAAGAGGAUCUAGACGAGAGAGGGCCGAGAAAUGGCAAUGGUGAGGGCAAGACAUACGAGAGCCUCGAGGGCAAGGGCGGGUACGGCGCUGAGAAGAAGGUGGACAGGGACUAA